CGAUAGAUACAGAGGUAAUGAGAGAGGGAAAGGAGUGAGUAUUAAGCAGGCGGCCCAUGUCGGUGCCACUACCUAACACAACAUGUCGGCUGCAGCCGCUUCUCAUACACAUCAUGCUCAACACAACCAGCAACAACAACACCAUCAUAAUCAUAACAAACAUCAUCGCCACCAGCAGCAUCCAGAACAAGAGCACGUCCAGUACCACUCCCGCCAGUACAACCCCAAAUAUCAUCAAAGCUCUCCAAACCUAACAACGUACAACCUUAGCCAAAAAGAAGCGCAAGACCGUCACCACCACCACCGCCACCACCACCAUCACGAUCACGACUACCACGACUACCACGACGACCAGGGCGACCACAAUUACGGCGACGACAACGACGACGACGAACGGUGUGGAGACGGCGGUGGCGGCGAUAGUCAAGGUUCCUCUUUAGCAGUCAACUCCAUCAUUACAUCGCUACCGGAAUCGUCUUCUUUACGAGACGGUGCUUCCAGUUCUUCAAACAGACUGCCCGUCGAUCAGCAUCAGCAUCAUCGUCACCUUCAACAACAACAGCAGCACCAAAAUCAUCAACAGGACCGUCGUUACUACGGACAAAAUACGGCAGAGGCUACCUCACCUCGACAGCACCACCGUUCCGGCAGUGGGGACAACUUCGAACUCCUGGACCACUACGGAGCACAGCAUAUUUUCGAUGCUAUCAAAAAUGGAUUAUUGGUUCCUGUUCAAGCUUUGGUCGAACAAGAAGGUCCAAGUAUAUUUUCAAUUCGGGACGAGAAAGGCCACACACCAGCUCACUGGGCUUGCCUUGGAGGACAUACCACCAUUCUUCGCUUCAUCAUAGAAUGCAAAGGGUUAAUAAAUGAGCCGAGUCAAAAUGAUCCUGGUGCACGGCCAAUUCACUGGGCUUGUGUGAAUGGGCACAUUGCUGUUGUGGACAUACUAGUGCAGGCAGGCGUCCCACUUGAUGUGAUGGACAAUAAGGGCUGCACGCCCCUAACUGUUGCUGCACAGUAUGGCCAGACUAUGCUUGCUGCCUAUUUGAUGGGGAAAGGUGCACAGAAACAACUUGUUGACAAAGACGGCGAUAAUGCUUUGCAUUGGGCAGCUUUCAAAGGUUACUCUGAGUUGAUGCGAUUGCUCAUUUACUCUGGUUUUUGUCCACGCCGCAAAGAUAACUAUGGCCAAACGCCACUUCAUUUGGCCUGUAUUAGUGGAAACCUUACAGCCGUUAAGGAGUUAUGUGAACAGGAUGGAGUUGAAGUCGAUCUCCCAGACAAAAAUGGCAAGACCCCCUUGAUGUUGGCUAUGGGCCGGAAACAUGAAGCUGUGAUAUCAUACUUAAAAAGAGAAUCAAAACAGAGAAAAAGCCUAUUUCCACGGUUUGAUUUUUGGUCCAUUUUGUUCGGCCCUCCUGGCAAUAGUAAAACUCCUAUGUUGUUCCUAGUGACAAGUGUUCUUUUUUGGGGAUACCCGAUGUAUGUGUUCAAGUGCUUACCACAGACAUUUUACGAGCUGCAAACUCUUCAUAUAAUAUUCAUUGGUGUCAAUGUAGUGAUGUGGAUAUGCCUGUUUCAUGCCAGUCGCACUGAGCCUGGUUUCUUGGAAAGGAAUGUCCCGGAAUACCACCAAGCUAUUAAACAGGUUGCACAUUUUGAUGAGUGGAAGCAGGGGAGCAACCCAUUGAGCCGUCUGUGUCACACAUGUCAAAUUGUCAAACCAAUGCGUGCAAAACACUGUAGAAUUUGUAACCGCUGUGUCCGAGAAUUUGAUCACCAUUGUCCAUACAUUUACAACUGUGUGGGUUAUACGAACAGGGUUUGGUUUUUUGGUUUUGCCAGUUCCAUUGCACUGAUGUGUGCCAUAACCGAUUACUUGUGUUACUACAUGCUUAAAUAUCAUGAAUGGAAUUGGCUUGUUGUCAUUGGCUUCUGUCAAUCUGGUAUCUUUACGUUUGUUGCUGGAGUCAUCCCCGUCAUGACAAUAAUCCAUGCUGCUAUGAACCUAACCACCAACGAAAGAAUAAACUACCGGCGCUGUUACUACCUUAAAGAUGGCAAGGGUAAUUUCUACAACCCGUACAACCAGGGAUUAAAAAACAAUAUUCUAGAAUUUCUUCAUUUAAGACAUCCACAGCGUCUGCAGGACCUGGAAAUUCUGAAUAUGGAUAUUGUAUGAAUGUGCUGUGAUGUACACUGCAAAGUAUAAUAAAUGCGUGGAUGUGUGUGUGUGAGUAUGUAUGUGUGCGUGUGUGCAUGUGCAAUGUUCCAGUGGAUUUAUAUGUAGCCAUGGGUACCUCUUACAUUCACAUAUAAGCCUACUUACAUGUCCCUGGAUGUUCUGCGUUUACUAUGGUUCCAACUUUCUGAUUGCAAAUUAAAUAUCUUAUAUAUCACUUGGUACGUCCGUGAUCAAGUAUAUGAAAGUACAGCCGGAGUUACAAAACAGAAGUGAGUUUGUAUGCAUAAGAAUAAAAUAUAUAUACAUACAUAUAUAUAUAUAUAUUUAUAUAUACAUGUCUGUGGAAGCAGUCGCUCUGUCCUUCAUACAUUUGUAUUGGAUAGGUGGGGAGGAACAACAAAAACACUAAUCGUUUUGUUGUGUCUUUAUUACAUGAUGUUGUAGUGGUAUGUAAUAGGUAAAGACCGCAGAGGUCACAGCUUUACAGUACUACCUCAUGUCAGUAGUAGAAAAGAUUGCCUACAGAAACUUCGGGUUGUUUCUGUAAUAAAUCGUUGCUUGAAUUUUCACUAUUGUCGCUACAAAUAUCCACCUGAUGAUGCUAAUAGUGAUAGUCAUAACAAUUUACCUUCCCUCCAGCUCUUGCACUAUGUUGUAUAUUAUGACAAUUCACUUGCUGGGAACUAUGACAAAUUACAAAUUCGGAGAUGCAAAGUAUUUUUCAUUUAGUUGGGUACAUUGAUUUAACAUGAAAAUUUUUCCUGUAUGUCUUUGCAAAUAUUUUGGAAGGAUGUUUUAAGCAUCUGAAAGAGUUAAUCACAAAUUAUUAUUAUUGUCCAUCAACGUUUUAAUUUAACCCUUCAGCAUUCAAAUUACUCUGUCAAAUGUAAUGCUUAUUUAUACACAUCGUUUUGAAAUAAUCAUGCAUUAUCUCAUAGCUUCAA